UUAGUAACUAUCGAUAAGUGGGAGAGACAGCAAGCAACAAAACAAAAAGUGCAAAUUGUUGAAUAUUUUUGUGAAAUUACCAAGAGUUACUGCCACUUGAACGUUUAUUAUGUCAUAUUUGGCCAAUUUCAACAAUGAGAAUGCUAAACAAAUACUUAUGGACAUCAUCCGUUGUGUCAACCAGCCGGAAAACUCCAAGAAACUCUCAGAAGCAAAGGCCUCGGCUGGAAAAGAGAUGAUUCUCAUGAUGCAGCACGUAUUUCCUUUGGUCAUGCAACUCCAGCUGGAGGUAAUCAAGGGACAUGGUUUUCCUGGUAACCGCGAGGGAUUAGUUCAGUUCUCACAACUCAUCCGGGAAAUGGAGCGCGACGACAUGGAAAUAGCACGCCUGCGCAGCCAGAUACGAGCUAUAUACCUGCCACCCAUAGCUAUAAAUACCACAAACGAUAUCCUAAUCUAGGGGACCCCACCAAGACUGUACGGCUGGCCUUGUUCGGGUUACUUAAAUUCUUCUUUUACAAGACUGCCACCAAUUUGUAUUAUUUCUUUGAUUCUUUAAGCAUAUUUACGAACUCUUCUAAUUGGUAUAAUAUUUUAAUAUUCCAUACGACGUGAACCCAAGCCAGUCCCAUUUAAUAGACUUAAGAUUGAUGUUCUUAAAAAAUGCAUUUCUUUUUUAUACAA